AUGCCUGAGAAGCGACCGGCCUCUCAAGACGACCCAUUUGCCGACGUGGAUUCCGAGACAGAGACCGCAGGUCCAAGCACCCAAGCAUUGCCAUCCACACCCAGACGUCGCGGACAAUCCGCUCCCGCAGCAUCAUCACCAAUCAGUGUGAUGAAUCCCACACCUGUCAGACGAGGCCGUCCAAUGAAGAAGGCACGCAAGUCUGGCCCAGCAACCGAGCCAAGACUGAGUGCUGCCGAUCUGGAACAGCAGCAACGACUACGCCAGGAACAGCAGGAGCAACGGCAGCGCGAGAUGGAGGCAGAGAAACAGCAAUUGCGUGAGCAGGCCCGUCAACUUCGAGAGGAGACAAAAGAGCAGGAGAAGACGCGAAACGCGAAGGCGCUCCUUGACGUCAUGAAGAAGGACACCGCAGACGGAGGCUACGGAUUCAAGACGUUCAAUGAGUUUAUGACCGCUCUUAUGGAUUCCAAGGACCAGCAACUCUCUGCCUCAAUGUCCCGCUUCUCAAACAAGCACGGCGGUGCUCUCAUAGAGGCUCUGGCUCGACGUGCCCCAGAUAUAGCAGUGGAUGCUGCAGUUGACACCUUGGCUGAGACGUUACAGAAGGAAGGUAAAGCGGUGAAGGAGAUCUUUUCUCGGGGGUUCUACACAUCAGUGUCAGAGCUUUUGAAAACGUUUUCGAUGGAAACGCUCUCGCAAAAGUUGCAGGAGGCUGCACCAACAAUCUGGAAGCUUCUAAUGGAGAUGUCUCUACCUCUCUACAAGCGGCAAGUAGUAGAAAAGCGCGUAGAAAAACGCAAGCGUCUUGCCGGACCCGGUUGGUACGUCAAGGAUUGUGCUGCGUUUUUGUAA